AUGACACCUUUCAUGAGCAUCGCCUUAUUUGUUGCCCUGUUCUUGCUCAACUCAGAUCGCAUUCAGAAAGCCAUUGAGAUAUGCAGCGAAUGUUUGAUUUUGCUAAGUAGCACCGAUCAAAACAGCAAAGACCAAUUUGAUUCAGUACUGCUACAAUUUUACAGCGACAUCUAUACCGUUCUUUUCAGCGCUUAUCGUCAUAUCUCUGACGACAUAAGUGCGGAAAGAUACGGGAGGAAACUGUUUGACUUAUACAGCGAGUCUGGAAUUAUGCUUUAUAAACUUGGUGAAAACCUAAAAGCGAAGGAAUAUGUUGAGAGGGCCCUUGCCAUAACAACAGAAAUUGGCGACAGAAGCGGAGAAGCAUCCUGUUACGGAAACCUUGGAGUGUUGCUUCAGUCGCUCGGGGAAUGCGACAAGGCUAAAGAGUAUCUCCAAAAAGCGCUUGUCAUCAGAACUGAAAUUGGCGACAGAAAAGGGGAAGCAUCAUGUUAUGGAAACCUAGGUACUAUGUUUAAGUCGCUUGGCCAAUACGACAAGGCUAAAGAGUAUCUCCAAAAAGCGCUUGUCAUCACAACUGAAAUUGGCGACAGAAAAGGGGAGGCAACUGACUACGGAAACCUAGGUACUGUGUUUGUGUCGCUUGGCCAAUACGACAAGGCUAAAGAGUAUCACCAAAAAGCGCUUGUCAUCACAACUGAAAUUGGCGACAGACAAGGGGAAGCAUCAUGUUAUGGAAACCUAGGUUCUGUGUUUGUGUCGCUUGGCCAAUACGACAAGGCUAAAGAGUAUCUCCAAAAAGCGCUUGUCAUCAGAACUGAAAUUGGCGACAGAAAAGGGGAGGCAGCUGACUACAGAAACCUAGGUACUCUGUUUCAGUCGCUUGGCCAAUACGACAAGGCUAAAGAGUAUUUCCAAAAAGCGCUUGUCAUCACAACUGAAAUUGGCGACAGAAAAGGGGAGGCAACUGACUACGGAAACCUUGGUACUGUGUUUGUGUCGCUUGGCCAAUACGGCAAGGCUGUAGAGUAUCUUCAAAAAGCGCUUGUUAUCACAACUGAAAUUGGCGACAGACAAGGGGAGGCAUCAUGCUAUGGAAACCUAGGUACUGUGUUUAAGUCGCUUGGCCAAUACGACAAGGCUAAAGAGUAUCUCCAAAAAGCGCUUGUCAUCACAACUGAAAUUGGCGACAGACAAGGGGAAGCAUUAUGUUAUGGAAACCUAAGUACUGUGUUUCAUUUACUUGGCCAACACGACAAGGCUAAAGAGUAUCUCCAAAAAGCGCUUGUCAUCAGAACUGAAAUUGGCGACCGAAAAGGGGAGGCAAAUAACUACGGAAUCCUAGGUAAUGUGUUUAAAUCGCUUGGCCAAUACGACAAGGCUAAAGAGUAUCUCCAAAAAGCGCUUGUCAUCAGAACUGAAAUUGGCGACAAGAGAGGGGAGGCAACUGACUACGGAAACCUAAGUACUCAGUUUCUGUCGCUCGGCGAAUACAACAAGGCUCUAGAGUAUCUCCAAAAAGCGCUUGUCAUCAGAACUGAAAUUGGCGACAAGAGAGGGGAGGCAAAUGACUACGGAAACCUAGGUACUGUGUUUAUGUCGCUUGGCCAAUACGAGAAGGCUGUAGAGUAUCUUCAAAAAGCGCUUGUUAUCAGAACUGAAAUUGGUGAGAGACAAGGGGUAGCAUUAUGUUAUCAAAACCUAGGUUCUGUGUUUAUGUCGCUUGGCCAAUACGACAAGGCUAAAGAGUAUCUCCAAAAAGCGCUUGUCAUCACAACUGAAAUUGGCGACAGACAAGGGGAAGGAUCAUGUCACGGAAACCUUGGUAAUGUGUUUAAGUCGCUCGGCCAAUACCACAAGGCUAAAUGGUAUCUCCAAAAAGCGCUUGUCAUCAGAACUGAAAUUGGCGACAGGAAAGGGGAAGCAUUAUGUUAUGGAAACCUAGGAACUGUGUUUCAGUCGCUUGGCCAAUACGACAAGGCUAAAUGGUAUCUCCAAAAAGCGCUUGUCAUCACAACUGAAAUUGGCGACAGACAAGGGGAAGGAUCAUGUUAUGGAAACCUUGGUAAUGUGUUUAAGUCGCUCGGCCAAUACGACAAGGCUAAAGAGUAUCUCCAAAAAGCGCUUGUCAUCAGAACUGAAAUUGGCGACAAGAGAGGGGAGGCAAAUGACUACGGAAACCUAGGUACUGUGUUUGAGUCGCUUGGCCAAUACGAGAAGGCUAAAGAGUUUCUCCAAAAAGCGCUUGUCAUCAAUACUGAAAUUGGCGACAAGAGAGGGGAGGCAAAUGACUACGGAAACCUAGGUACUGUGUUUCAAUGGCUUGGCCAAUACGAGAAGGCUAAAGAGUAUCUCCAAAAAGCGCUGGUCAUCACAACUGAAAUUGGCGACAAGAGAGGGGAGGCAAUUGACUAUGGAAACCUAGGUACUGUGUUUCAGUCGCUUGGACAAUACGAGAAGGCUAAAGAGCCCAAUUGUUUGUGGCCUCCAACAAACCAUGAAGUGGAUGAGCGAAAAAACGGCUGGUUGGAAAAAAUGUUUUCUGAGUGUAAAGCUUCGUUUACGCUGAUUGGAGAUGAUGUGAGGCUCGAGUUUGACAAGCAGAGGAAAAGGGAUGAGAAUAUUUGGAAGGAAACAGAUAGUUGUUUCCAAGACAUUUUUAAAUGGAUAAAUCCUGUUGAAAUACGAAUCAGAGUUAAAAAAAUUUCCUAUAUCUCAGGGUUAUUUUAUUGUGUAAUUACGAAAAAGACUGUGAUCGCUGAUGCCUAUAUGUGA